AUGCCAAGCACUGGCUACUACUUAUUGGUACGGCAGUUGGUGUUGCUGCUGGUGUCCCAUGCUCUUCUUUUUUCUUUUUCUUUUUUCUUUGCGCUGAUUCUUGCCUUCGUUGCUGCCAACUCUCUCACGUGCCAAAGCGUCAAGCCCACAAGCGAUGGACGGCCCUCCAUCCAUACCUGCCCCCGUCAUGACAUGGUCCCGGCGCGCGGGUCGUUGGAUUGGGGCGACCUUGAGACAAAGAGGGGACUUAAAGUGGCAACGACAAUGUAUAAAGGAGCAGACAACAAAGAAAAGCAGCAUGUACCUGAUGUGACUUGUAGACUGGCUUACUGGACCGGGUUUCGAAUGAACUUUGGGGCUAUCCGAUGUGUGACCAACAAGCCAAGCCAAUACGGGGUGUCCCGUCGACAGACAAGUGAGAUGGAGGUGCGCUGGUCCCUUUUGGGUCCGUGUCAGUGGUUGGCGGCUCAAUGA